AUGUCGAUGAUGACUGCCGCACCCGAAUGGAAUGUGCCGUAUGUAUUCAAAGGAGCAACGAUUAUUGAUGAUACUCAUUCGUGGACAGGAGGACGACGUUUGGCUAAUUUAUUUAAUGAAAAAUUAUUAUCGUUUCGACUUGGCAAACGACAAAAGUCAUUUUUCGGCGAUCGUGUUCAAUUCGAAAAAGACUGUAAUCAUAUUCAAGCUACUAUCAAUGAUUUUCUUAGUUGGACCACAUCGAUCGAUAACAAUUCUCUUCCUAUUGAUCAUCCGUUAUAUCAAUAUUCAAAUAAAGAAUAUUUUGCCUAUGCCGAUUAUAUGCAUUUACCUGAAUUAUUCGAAAAUGAUGAUCAACAUCCACUUAUACAUAUGAUCAAAUGGUCUGAUAUAGGUUUAAAAGAUCGAUCUGGAAAAGAAUCAACAUUAUGGAUUGGUUCUCAAGGAUCUCAUACGCCAUGUCAUUAUGAUACCUAUGGAAUAAAUUUUGUGGCGCAAAUUGUUGGAAAAAAACGUUGGUUACUAUUUCCACCGGAGAGUCCAAUAGGUCAAUUACAAACACGUAUACCAUACGAAGAAUCAAGUGUUUAUAUUGAUGUUGAACCAUCUGUAUUAGACAAAUUCAAAGAUAUUGAUGUUUACGACGUAACUCUUGAGCCUGGUGAUGUUUUAUUUGUACCAAAACAUUGGUGGCAUUUCGUUUCAUCUCUUGAUACAAUAACGAUAUCGGUUAAUAGCUGGCUAGAACAACCUGAUGAUCAUGUUGAACGAAUUAAAGAAAUGCUUGUUCGACAGAUUAUUACAUCGACUAUGUUAUCCCAUGAUUAUCCAUGUGAUCAAUGGUUAAAUCACAAUGAAAUUGCGACGGAUCCCGCCACUAAUUUGACAUUACUAUCUAGUCUAUUGGCAAAUACAGACGUACAAGAACCCACAUCAAAGCGAUCUCGAAAUAUAAUUACUACUGCUAAUCAUGUAAAUGAACAACGUUUAACCAGUACAUUAUUCGGAAGUAUUGGCUUAACACCAUCGAAUGAUAAUGUUUCUUCGGAUGCAUCAGACGACGAAAUUUUAUUGAAACGUCUCCUGAAAGCAAUGACUGCAUCUGAUACGAUUGAUUUAAUUUAUAACAAAUUACUUUCUGCCUGA